UGGUCCCAAGCAGCUGUCCAACUCCAACAUGGCCCAGCCAGCCCACUGCAUCCGCUCCACCUUUGGCCUCCACUGCUGCCUCAUCUUCCUUUUAGCUUCUCAGGAGGCAGGUGCUAUCACAUUUCAAGAACUUCAGAAAACUGGUGAUUCCCCAGCAUCUGAUAAUUUGCUCCCUCCUACUUCAGGCUUUGUUUAUAGUGCACCCCCUGAUCAUACUGCUCUUCAGUCAAGCCAUAGCCCUCUAGACCUCACUAAAUCUACAGAAGCCCAUAAUCUAAAACGCAAUUGCAACACUACACACCAUCUCAAGCCGAUUUACAAACACAUAGGUAAUUCCCAAAACUCUACAAGUCAUCAUGAAGUUCUUCCUACUUCUGAAAAAACCCCGAGCAAUCAAGGAAGAGACCCAAAUGUUCGGAAUGGACGGUCUAUUGAUCCUACUGACUCUACUAACACACAUAAAGGAUUGUCUGGUGUAAAACAUCCAACGUCAGCACCCAAGAUCAAAACAACUUGCCUUAAGUUCAAAUCAGAUACGGGAACAGAUAAAAGUGUAACAUCUUUGAGAAACAUUACUUCAGAGAGUAAAAGCGCUACUUCACAGAAGACCAUAAAUCCUGUCCACAACUCAGGAAAUUCGGAGAGCAAAAAAAUACCUAUGUAUUCCUCAGGCAAAAGCACAACAGCCCCAUCAGAUGAGGUUACAAGAACCCCACGAAGGUCAGAAAGAGCUGGAGAUCAUACAAUAGCUGCUAAUCUCAGAACUACAGUUGCCUCAGGCACAACGAUAAUGAAGACUACAGGACGUAUAAACAGGACAUCAGCCAUUGAAAAGACCACACAAAUACCAGCAACACUUAGAGAACAUAGACACAGCACCAUAUCAGCUCAUAUAAAUAUCACAAAAUCACUAGAAAACUCACUAGAACAUGGAAAAGUUGCCACAUUGCCUUAUGAGAAGACUCCGGGAGUCCCAACAGAAUCUACAAAAUAUGGAGAAGAGACUACAUCAACCAAUAAGAAAACCACACUAACCCCCCAAAAGUCCAAGAAACAUGGACAGAACACCACUCCGGACAGCAGAAGGACCACAAGGGCCCCAGAAGGGCCCACUGACUAUGGUGAGAAGACAACCCCCGCCAAUGGGAAGACCAUGAGAGCCCCAGCAGGGCCCAAGGACCAUGAGAAGACCACCCCAGCCAACAGGGAGGUCACAAGACCCGUGGAAGGGCCUAAGAAUCAUGAGAAGAAGACCACUACAGUCAACGGGAAGACCACAAAUGCCCCAGAAAGCCCCAAGGGUCAUGGGGAGAAGACUACAUCAGCCAACGGGAUGAUCACAAGAACCCUAGAAGGGCCCAAGGACUAUGGGGAGAAGACCACCCCAGCCAAUGGGAAGACCAUGAGAGCCCCAGCAGGGCCCAAGGACCAUGAGAAGAUCACCCCAGCCAACAAGGAAAUCACAAGAUCCCCGGAAGGGCCUAAGGAUCAUGAGAAGAAGACCACUACAGUCAACAGGAAGAUCACAAGUGCCCCAGAAGGCCCCAAGGGACAUGAUGAGAAGACUACAUCAGCCAAUGGGGUGACCACAAGUGUCCCAGAAGGGCCCAAGGAACAUGAGGAAAAGACCACAAGAACUCCAGAAGGGCCCAAGGACCACAGGGAGAAGACCACCACAGUCAGGAAGAUCACAAGUGCCCCAGAAAGGUCCAAGAACCAUGAGGAAAGGACUACAUCUGCCAAUGGGAUGAUCACGAGAGCCCCAGAAGGCCCCAAGGAAUAUGGGAAGAAAACCACAAGAACCCUAGAAGGGCCCAAGGGCUCUGGUGAGAAGACAACGCCAGCUAAUGGGAAGACCACAGGAGCCCCAGAAGGGCCUGAGAACCAUGUGGGGAAGACCACUAGAGCCCUAGAAAGGACCAAGGACCACAGGGAGAAAAAUACCCUGGCCAAUGGGAAGACGACAAGAGCCCCAGAAGGGCCCACGGACCAUGGGAAGACCACCCCAGCCAACAGGGAGACCACAAGAGCCCUGGAAGGUCCCAAGCAUCAUGGGGAGAAGACCACCACAGUCAACAGGAAGACCACUAGAGCCCUAGGGGGGCCCAACGACCAUAAGGAGAAGACCACCCUGGCCAAUGGUAAGACCACAAGAGUCCCAGAAGGGUCCAAGGAUGAUGGGGGUAAGACCACCAGAGCCCUACAAGGGUCCAAGGACCAUGGGGAGAAGAACACAACAGUCAAUGGGAUGACCACGAGAGCCCCAGAAGGCCCCAAGGACCAUGGGGAGAAGACCACCAGAGCCCUAAAAGGGCCCAAGGACCAGAGGGAGAAGACCACCCCAGCCAACGGGAAGACCACAAGAGCUCCAGAAGGGCCCAGGAACCACAGGGAGAAGACUACACUGGCCAAUGGGAUGACCACGAGAGCCCCAGAAGUUCCUACAGACCAUGGGGAGAAAACCACCCCAACCAACAGGGAGACCACAAGAGCCCCAGAAGGGCCCAAGGACAAUGGGGAGAAAACAACACUGGCCAAUAGGAUGACCACGAGAGCCCCAGAAGGCCCCAAGGACCAUGAGGGGAAGACCACUAGAGCCCUAGAAGAGCCCAAGAACCAUGGGGAGAAGAACACAACGGUCAAUGGGAAGACCACAAGAGCCCCAGGAAUUCCCACAGACCAUGGGCAGAAGAUCAUCUCGGCCAACAGCAAUACCACAAGAGCCCCAGAGAGGCCCAAAGAACAUGGAGAAAAUGCCACUCCAGCCGAUAAGAAGACAACAAGAACUCAAGCCAAAUCUAUAAAACAUGGAGUAAAGGCCACAUUGGUCACUGAGACCACAAAACCCCCAAGAAAACCUAAAGAAAGUGUAGGAAAAAACACAGCUUCCACAGAGACUAUAAGACCUCCAUUCAAUGUCACAGGAGACAAAUCUGUCACUAAUACCUCUCCUGGUUCAAAUAAAACUGAUGUUACCCAUGGGGUACCCAUUGGUUCUUUUACACUCACCACAUCUCACAUAGAGCUGAGUUCCAUCAUGUCAGAAGCCCCAGGCAACCAAAACCAUCCAUAUCAGAACAAAGAUGGCUCACAGGGAGGUCUUCGUGCUGGAGGAAUGAGGGAGAAUGAUUCAUUCCCUGCAUGGGCCAUAGUUAUUGUGGUCCUGGUGGCUGUGAUUCUCUUCCUGGUGUUCCUUGGCCUUAUCUUCUUGAUUGCCUGUACGAUGAAAACACACCGUGCACUGGUCCAAAACACAGAGGACAAUGACCCAGAGGAUGAUGGGGGCCCUAAUUCCUACCCAGUCUACCUGAUGGAGCAGCAGACUCUUGGCAAGGGCCAGAUCCCUUCCCCACGGUGAUCCUUCAGAAAGGUCCCAGCUCUUCCAUGCCCUUCCUAAGAUGAGGAAUUAGACUCACCGUUCCUAUUUCCUGGACACCAGGAAGGGCAGAGUACUGGCAGUUAACAGCAUUAACUCUUCAUCAGCUGUGUUCUUAUUGAAACUGGUCAAGGGAUGAGGUGAUAAGCAAGAAGGAGAAGCAAGAAGGGAGAUAAAGAAGAAAGAAUGAAUAAUGCAAGUGUUCUCUGCAGAAGAUGGUGGUCUUGGAAUGAAAACAUGUUUGAUGGACACAUGGGGUAGACACCAACAUAGGACACUGAGUCUUGGGAGGAGCAGCAUGACUAAAGGAAGUUUGGGGGCCUUAGAAGGCAAUGCCCCAUAUCUGACUGUGAGUUGGAGAUUGAGGACAGAGUUCCUGGGUGUCAGGACCAAUCUAUAAUAUUUCCAUGUACUAUUACUUAGAUUUUGUGUAUAAGCAGACUCGUCUUUGACUUCCCAGGACACUUGCCUACCUCCUUUUUAAAAUGAAAAAAGUAGAAUCUGAGAAGAAAAGAGAACUUAUUUCCUUCACCCUCUCUAUACCAAGGAGAAAGGAAAAUUCCAGAAAAGAUCAUAAAUGUCUCUCAUCCAGAUGGUUCUUCCCUCUUCCUUCUGAAUCCUUUAGUUUUUUCUAAAUGUCUACAGUAGACAUCCUGCUGGUCUGGCUUUCUGGGUUGUGGGUGGCACAGAGGGAGGGAUUUUUGUGUGGUCUGCAGUCUUAUCCAUUUAUCCCCAUUCCAGACUGUCCCUGAUGGUGUUCCCCACUCAUUAUUUAUUUUCCUGUCAGUUCUACCAAAAGCCAGUCCAGGCUUUUUCCUGGAAGAGCCACUUGCCUUCUCCACUGCCCCCAUUCUCUCUCUACUCACACUUUCACCCCAGAUUUUGAUAUUCCCCCUUUUAGGCAUAUCAUCUGGAUUUUCUCUCCAACUUAUUAAAGCCCUUUCACCUAUUACUGAUUUGGCAUAGUGGAAAGAAUGAACAGAUAAUAGAUAGCUUCCUAUCUAUUGGUCUUUUUAUAAUAAAGUAGAAAAUAUUUGUAAAGUAAGUACACCAUAAUUAUUGAACUGUCAGUUGGGAGAAGCCUUGACUAGUGUUCCUGACUCUGGCUGCUGUGACCUUACAUAUGACCUUGAGCAGCAGUGGCUAAAGAACAGGAAUUCUUUAGAGUGUCAUGGAAAAUUGGGCUGAAUUUCUACUGCUCCUAAAAUGAGUCACUCCUGGAUUUAGAUAGGAGCCAGCCUGAGUUCCUGCUGGGCCCAUCUGCAUGGUGCAAAAGCAGGAGAAAAUGUAUUCAUUAAUAAGCCAGUAUUUCCAUGUACCUAUUAUAAAAUCUGUUGAGCAUUAUAAAUAUAAGAUAUAGUUACCACCUGAGACACAAAUAUAGGGAAAUUAAAUACAUAAUUCAGUAAGAGUUCUCACAAGGCAGUACUACAUAGAAUAAAGCAUGACUCUAAUGAAUUAAACCCAAUAUUCAUGGGCAACUACUACAUCCCAAAUUUAUGUUAGGAUACUAGCCCUGCUCCAAAGCCAUUCCAUGCCCAAACAUCACUCCCAGCAGACCAACUGCCCAUCACCCACAUGGCCUUGGCUCACUCUUACCAAAGGAGGAUCAGCAAUUUCCCUGACCAGAAAGGCACAGGCCUUCCAAGUUUAACUUCAUUGAGAAUCAAAUAGCAACCCUCUCUGCUACUUUUGGCAUUCCCAUUUUCAGGAAUCUGGAAGUCUACCACAGACAGUGGUCUUAAUCUUGACACUCAUGCCACUGAGUUAUCUGCCAGGGCACACUGCAGGCUCAGGAACUCUCUGAAUCUCCCACCAGAGCUCUACUCUGCUAAAGGCAGGAUUGUAGCUUGGAUCCCAGAAAGGUGCCACAGGAACCCCAGACUUGGGUCCCUGGAGAGAGCCCUCUCUUCAGAACACCUGGUUUCUGGAAAGGGCUGGAGUGCCUGGGAAAAAAAGAAAAGGAUACCAGGCUUGUAGUCAUCCGGGCAGAUGGUGUCAGCAUGCGGCAGCUGCCAGGACAGGAGUGUCACUCUUUCUGGGAGGAAAGUAGAUACCCUCUAUACCUAGCCUAUAACCAUUGAAUUUCUCCAGCACGGACCCCAAUUUAAAAACUAAAACAAAACCAAGCAAGAGCACCUUUGCCCCUAGAGUGCCAAACAUUGAAUCCCACGGAGGCCUCCCUGCAAAAGGACCCAAAUGGAGCUCUGGGGUCAAAGGGUGUGUAUUUGGGGGUGUAUAGGAGGUUCUCCAUCUCACAAGUGCUGCAGGGACUGUGGGCCCCACCACAGCUGCUGAUUGUCUCCCUUCCCAUUUCCCUCUCCCGCUACAAUGCUUACUUGGAAAUCUACGGGGGGAAAUCCUCUGACAAGCUCUCGGGUUGGGCUCUCAUUAGAGAAAAUUACAUAAUGAGUGGCAAGGAGGGAAUGGUUCCCUCCUCACAAGCUUAAUCCCCACAUCCCCAGGAUAGAUCAGUGCCCAAGACCUCUAGGGCUGAAGUGGGCAACAGGUGCAAGGGCAGAGGGGUGAGCCCGGGCAGGGCGGGCCAGGAUCGGGGGUGAGGGACAGGGGACCAGAGCAGCCUCCUUCCUUCGCUCUAGGUUCCACUUGGCUGGAGGCUCCUGGAUCUCGCUGGGUAACUGAGUGGAUUGGUGGUUCAAGGCCAGCCACACCCAGGCGCCCCCUCUACUUGGCCACCAUGAGCACGCCCUUGGAUCACGCCCCGCACCGCCAGCCACCCUCGGAGUUGGGGUGCAGUUCCUAGCCCUGGCUUCCUGCCCUGAGAGCCAGAUUGACAGGCCUCGGCUUCCUUCCAUCUGCGCACCAUCCAUAAUAAAACUAAAGU